CGCAGCCUGCCUUGCCUGUGUGGAUGAUCUGGCCUGAAGCAGCCAUGGCUCCGCUCCGUGUCCUCGUCCUGCUGCCGCUGCUUCUUCACUCCGUGGCUUCGAUAUCGUUCUUUCUGCCGAUCAGGACACGGAAAUGUCUGAAGGAGGAGAUCCAUAAAGACGUCCUGGUGACUGGGGAGUACGAUAUCAGCGAGCAGGCUAACAGCAAAGUGAACCUGAAGAUCACAGACUCAUCGGGUCACAUCUUGUACUCCAAAGAGGAUGCCACAAAGGGCAAGUUCGCCUUCACCACCGAGGACUACGACAUGUUCGAGGUCUGCUUUGAGAGCAAGUCACAGAUGGCUUUAGGGCGAGUCCCUGAUCAGCUCAUUAAUCUGAAUAUGAAGCAUGGCGUUGAGGCUAAAAACUACGAGGAGAUUGCGAAGGUGGAGAAGCUGAAGCCCCUGGAGGUGGAGCUGAGGCGUCUGGAGGAUCUCUCCGAGUCCAUCGUUAAUGACUUCGCCUACAUGAAGAAGAGGGAGGAGGAGAUGAGGGACACCAACGAGUCGACGAAUACUCGUGUUCUGUACUUCAGCGUGUUCUCCAUGUGUUGUCUGAUUGGUUUGGCCACAUGGCAGGUCUUCUACCUGCGCCGCUUUUUCAAAGCUAAGAAGCUCAUUGAGUAAACAACAACAACAACAACCAGAGCCGCCAAUCACACACCGGGAAGCCCCGCCCACAACUUCAUUUUGUUUUACAUCAUUACACCAUAUUUUAAGUUCACAUUGCUAGCGCUGUGUGUGUGUGUGUGACAGAAGGUUGAAGAGGGACGGCUCGGCUCCAUGCUCCUGUUCCAGCGUCAUGUUUUUGAUACAAACUCCAUUAGUAAUAAAAUCAAAAAAAUGUUUAUUCUUUAUAUUCUAAAUGUUUUUGGAAGAGUGGGAAAUGUGUGUAUGUCUACAGCUGUUGAUUUCUUUUCCUCCGUAAUUCAUUCAUUUGGUUAGAUUUUACACCACACACACACAGAAUGUUCCGUUUAAGCUCCGCCCCCUCCUGCAGUAUCAGAUUAAGGUAAAGACUGAUACAGUGCUGAUAUCAUGAUGAAUAAUUUUACAUCACAGCGUUUUCGGUGACGUCGCUUUAAACCCGAUUCUUCUCCCUUUCUCUCUGUUUUAUUUGUUGUAAACACUCUUCAGUGAUGAAUGUGGAAUGUUGUUGGAGAAUCUCACACACAGACAGAAGUGUAAUGAUGAUCGAGUUUAGUGGAAUGUUGUAGGAUCAUAAUGAGAGGGUUGUCUCUCAUGAGUUUUUGUUACACAGCGAUCAGGACCUUUGUUUUCUCUCCAUCCCCUCACCCUCCUCUCCUCUCUUUAUCUCUGUGGUUUGUGUUGGAUUAGAUGUAUCUGGUGGAGCUCGUUGGAGGGUGAGGGAUGAUUUGAUUUUAAUAAUAUUAUCAUUUUGCAGUCAGUAGCUGACUGUUCACUGGUUUAUUGAUUAAAACUUGAGACUCAUUCAAUAAACUUUGUUACUUAAAACA